CACAACAGAAACGAAGCCAUUUUAUUUUCACAUUAUCCAAAAGGGAGGUGAUUAGCAUCAUAUACUAGUGAAACGUGUUAAAAGUCGUUUAAUUCUGCUACGCAUUUUUCACAGUCUGUGAAGUGAAAUUUUCUAAAUAUUUUGUUCAAACUUACUAAUUAAACCAACUUAAAAAUGGCUGACGUUGCAGUUGCAAGACCUUACACAGAUAUAAAUCAGUUUGAAAAUGAUAAUUACGCCUGCAAAUUGUUUUUGGGUGGUCUGGCUCCCAAUACAACAGAAGAAAGCUUAACUAAUUUUUAUGCACAGUAUGGAGAAGUAACAAAUGUUGUGGUAAAGCGUGACCCCACAACACAACGUUCUAAAGGAUUUGGGUUUGUCACAUACAAGGAUUCUGCCAGUAUUGAAAGAGCUCAAAGUGUUAAACCUCACGUUAUUGAUGGAAGAAAUGUUGAUUCAAAACCUGCUCUGCCACGUUCUGAAACUAACAGAAAUGGAAACGGUGGUGGUGGUGGCUAUUCCAAUGGUGGUAGCGCAGUAAGAAAGAUUUUUGUUGGAGGACUCAGAGAUAAUCACGAUGAACAAAACCUACAAGAAUACUUCCAACAAUUCGGCACUGUACAAAGUGUUAAAAUUCUAUUGGACAGAACAACAGGUCGCAAACGUGGUUUUGGCUUCGUCGAAUUUGAGAGCAACGAGGCUGCUGAUAACGCUGUCUUUCAUAAAAAUCAUGUUAUUGAUAAUGUUAACGUUGAAGUAAAAAAAUCAAACUAUAGACCUGAACAAUCGAACAGAGGUUCAUACCAACAAAAUGGAUCUUAUGGAUCCUAUUCUCAAAAUAAGUCAUACAAUUAUGCUCCCGCGCAAUCAUAUAACGGUUGGGGUGGGGCUCACGUCACUCAUUACCAACAACAACCACAAACAGUUAAUGAAGGUGGAUAUGCCGCUGCGGCAAUACCCCAAUACAGUGUGGCUUAUGAAGAACAACAACAUACUUGGAAUGGAGCUGAAGCUGAAGGACAAUUCGGUAGCUACCACAACUCACAUGGUGGUGGACCACAAAAGGGCUAUAAUUUGCAAAAUAAUCGGAGGAAUCCCUAUAAUGUCUAAGUGUGUUGAACAAGCUAUACACAAUUUCUAAACAUAAUAUAAAUGUGUGUUAUUUAAGAAUGUAUAUUACAAAAUUAAUGGAUAUUCUCGUAUCAUACACUACUAUAUUGGAUCGUCAACAUCCCAUUUUUAUUGGACAAAAAUGAAUUAAACUUUUUUUAUUUCACUUAUAAAUAUAUAAAAUAAAAAAAAUAUAUCUUAAAAUAAAAAAUAAACAUUUUUAAGAAAAAACA